UACUCUCUCCGAGCUUUGGAAAGACUAAGUUAUAGCCUGCAACAAAACCACAUUAGUUGUCAAGCUUGUUUUAUGCACACACUUUUUGUGUCAGCAUGUUAUGCACACUGUUUGUGAAGAGAGAAUAUAGAGGAGAUGCAAGGUAGCCAAGAAUAGACCGGGGGUGAGACUUGCACGGCUUUGGUGUGCAGUGUACAGGACGCCGGCAUGAGCCGCCUCAGUAAUUGAAGAGUGCGGUAUUGGAGGAAACAGGUGGAAUUUUGACAGUUCGUGCUAAACGCAUGUCAUUUCUUCAGAGAGAACUUGUGGAGGACAUCACUUUAAAACUCAUCCUUGGACCUGUUCCUUCACGAAGCUGAGCCAAGUCUACUUUUCCCUGCUAAAGUAUAGAGAAAGCGUCCAAACGUUUGAAUGCAUUUAUCAUUGGAUACCAUGAGUGUGGUGGAUGACAGCUGCCUCUCGCCCAGUAACUUCCACGAGAUGGUGAAAGGAGGAGGGGUGGCGAUGGGCGGCCGCGUCCACAGCAUUGAUGUCAUCCUGGGCUUCAGCAAAGACCAGGACCCCCUGCUCACCCCCUCUGAGGGUCCAGGACCACACAAAGUGGGCGUGGAUGGCCUGGGGGACCCUGGGAAGCAGGACCAGUCACACCCCUAUGGGCACCUCUCAGAACAAAGGUCCUACCAUGAUUCAGUACUGUACUCAGAUAAGUGUGAUGGGGACAUGAGUGAGCUGAGGAAGAAUGUGGACAGCAACGGUGGGAAGAGUCCAGUGCCCUGCGAGGAAGAGCGGCCCAAGAAGAAGCACCGACGCAACCGCACCACCUUUACCACCUACCAGCUGCACGAGCUGGAGCGUGCCUUUGAGAAGUCCCACUACCCUGAUGUGUACAGCCGCGAGGAGCUGGCCAUGAAGGUUAACCUCCCUGAAGUCAGAGUUCAGGUUUGGUUUCAGAACCGCAGAGCCAAAUGGAGGCGCCAGGAGAAGCUUGACGCCACCACCAUGAAGUUGCACGACUCACCCAUGCUCUCAUUUAACCGGCCGCCCAUGCACAGCAAUAUGGGGCCCAUGAGCAACUCCCUGCCCCUGGACCCUUGGCUGACCUCCCCUCUGUCCAGCGUCACCCCAGUUCACAGCAUCCCAGGCUUCAUGGGCACAGGCCAGGGACUGCAGGGAGGCUACCCCAGCCACAGCUUCCUCAACAGCCCUUCACCCAUGGGCCAGGGGAUGCAAUCCAUGACACCUCCUCCGUACCAGUGUUCCGGUCCCUUCACCGACAAGUAUCCAAUGGAGGACGUGGACCAGAGGAGCUCCAGCAUCGCAGCGCUGAGGAUGAAAGCCAAGGAACACAUCCAUUCCAUGGACAAAACCUGGCAGCCCAUGUGAUGGGAUAUUGACACUGUGUUUGCAGGCCUGAUUGGGAUUUUGGGUCCAUGCUAAUGCCUUUUUCCAUGCGACAGGAUUGCAGUGAUGGCACCGAGAAAUGCACAGUUAUGACUCCUGAUAUAUCUAAGAUUUCCAGCACCAGCGACCUUUAUAUUAGAAUGGUUCUUGGUCUCUGUUUUGAGUUCCUUUUCUACUAGUAAUGUGAAGGAUUGGAAAUUGAUGCAUAUUUUGUGUGCCACCACCCAGAAAGUACCCUAUGACUCAGAAUGUCAAGAAUGGCCUCGCAAAUGUAAAUUAACAAGCAAGCAUUUUCCAAAAGGACUGCAAGGACUUUUUUAACUAAGUUAUGGUGGAAGGCAGCGAGACACACGUGUUACUUGAUUUUGUAUGUUGUUUUUUAAGAUGAACUUUUAUGAAGCAACUGGAACAACGAUUCCACUAGACACUAAUUGCCCUUUAUGGCAACUUUUUGAUUUGGAUCCUUAUCUCAAAGUUUGGAUGCCGUAACCAAGGCAACACAUACUUCCUCAAUAUUCCUGUAAAAAUGCAAAGCCUGUACACGCUAGUUAAGUUUGUAAUGCAGACAACUCAGACUGUCCAUGUGUUAAUUUUGUUACUCAUUAUUUAACUUUUUGUAAGAGUAGUUUUAAUAUUUUGUACCUUGCUGUUAGCCAUGAAUCUAAUAAUGAAGUCCCCUCCAGAUCCUUUCACAAAAUACAUUUUGUAGUGCUCACACACGGUCACAUUUAACUCUGCAAAUUAAGGUUUGUGUAUUUUUGUAAUUAAUCCAAAUGUCUAAUUUGUCAUGAAUGUUAUGGGUCAAUUAACCAGUCAUUCUCUCAGUAUUUGUGAUUGGACAUGCCAUGUCUCCCAUAAUAGUAGUUGAAGGUUGCGGCGGUGUGAAUCACUAUGUCUAUGACCCUGAAAAACAUAAUCAUUCAUCUAGUUAUGAUGGUCAGGUUAUUUCAACACCUGAAGAAAAAGAAAACAAGGGCCACCUCCCCGAAGACCACUAUAUUUCUGUCUGUGGUAACUGCAGUUACAGUGGAGAGCCUCUGUCCACACUGUGGGUUGUGGGGUCAUGGUUGAUAUGUCCUGGCUCUGGCUGGAUUACGCUUUCAGCUGAGGAUGCGUAAGACAAUCUGUCAUGCUAUUUCAUUUGAAAAGACGUGAACAUGUUUUAACACUCAAUCAACUCAACUGAAAAUGAUUUAGUCUUAAUUGACUAAAAUUAUGAUUGUCCUGAGACUAACUCCAGACUGCAUACACACACAAACACCCCAGACAGCACACACACUGAUAUCAACAACUUCUUUCACAGAAAUGCUGGCAAGUCAAACAACGUGAGGCUCUUGUUCCUUGAGAAUGGGUCUUGAGGAGUGGUACAUAUCAAAAUCCAAUCUCUGAAUUGUAUGGCACCCUCAGUGUGUGACAUCUUGAUUAACUGAGGAAGAAAAUAUCUGUUUUAGUUUUGGAUUGGAGCUGUUAAACAUGUUUGGGUCAGUCAAACAGAGAGUUCUAUGGCGUAAGCCUCGUACAGAGAGAGAAUGGAAGCCAGGUGACCUCCUUCUUACACAGUAGGGUUUGGAAGAGGACAGGGGGACAGAGCGAAGUGGCCACUAAAGUAACCUAUUUUUGUCUCAGUGGCUGUUGGAGAAGGCAGCUUGGCCUUCCGUCACUGUGUGUACAUGCAGAGCAGCAGAAGGAGAAUGGUCUGAUGUCACCACACAUAGUUUUGUCUUUGUUGGCACAAUUGAUCCAAGACCAUCUUCUUUGUCUAAAGUUCAAGGGGGAAAAUGGUCAGACUGCACUAAAUAGGCCUCUGGGAAUGAAAAAAGAGCAUGAUUUGUCUAUUUUAUCAUGAAUGUUUUUUUGUAAUUCUACGUCCAAGAGAUGAGCUACUACAUGGGGUGUACAGGUCCAAUGUGGCAUUAUGUUUUGAUAAUGACUGCAUGUAUAUUUAAUAUGGCAUUGGGGAGAUUGGGUCCCCAUUAACUGGUUUGUGUAUGGUAAAACUUUUUUUACUCCAACCACCCCUGUAUACGGCACAUUGUAAAAUGACAAUAUGUCAUAUAUAGGGCUAGGUAGAAUGAAUCAUUUCUGAUGGAAAAUAAUUUAGCAAUUAGAUUUUUCUGAUACUUUUUACAGAUAUUAACAUUAUUUAUCCUAAUGUAAUUGAAUAGGCACGAGGGAUAACAUUUAAUUAUUUUAAUUUCAGUGAUAUUUUUUAGACUAUUACAAUAUGAAGGAAAUCAAUUCCUUUACACAAAAUGUAUAUUGUUGCAGCAUUUGAUUUAAAAGGAACCUCAAAAUGGCUUUGCUUCCAGACUAACAGAGAACAACUGUUUGAAAAAGUUGCAGACUCACCACAGACUUGUCAAUUCAUCCAACUUACUGUGAAUUUUCCAAAGUAUUUUCAAUGUAUUACUGCACCUAUAAAGCUGUCUUUUUGUCAUAGACGGUAAUAGCACCAUCGGACAAUACUUAAAAUAAUAUAUAUAUAUUUUUUACUGGUGUGUUAUGGGAUUCUAUGAUAAACUCUCACUAUCAUCAUUGUUGUUUUGCUAAUUAUGCCCUAAUACAGUUGAAGUUGGAAGUUUACAUACACUUAGGUUGGAGUCAUUCAAACUCAUUUUCAACCACUCCACAAAUGUCUUUUUAACAAACUAUAGUUUUUGCAAGUUGGUAAGGACAUCUACUUUGUGCAUGACACAAGUAAUUUUUACAACAAUUGUUUACAGACAGAUUAUUUCACUGUAUCACAAUUCCAGUGGGUCAGAAGUGUACAUAAUACACUAAGUUGACGGUGCUUUUAAACAACUUGGAAAAUUCCAUAAAAUUAUGGCAUGGCUUUAGAAGCUUCUGGCUAAUUUACAUAAUUUGAGUCAAUUGGAGGUGUACCUGUGGAUGUAUUUCAAGGCCUACCUUCAAACUCAGUGCCUCUUUGCUUGACAUCAUGGGAAAAUCAGAAGAAAUCAGCCAAGACCUCAGAAAAACAUUGUAGACCUCCACAAGUCUGGUUCAUCCUUGGGAGCAAUUUCCAAACGCCUGAAGGUACCAUGUUCAUCUUUACAAACAAUAGUAUGUAAGUAUAAACACCAUGGGACCACACAGCCGUCACACGGCUCAGGAAGGAGAUGCGUUCUGUCUCCUAGAGAUGAACGUACUUUGGUGCAAAAAGUGCAAAUCAAUCCCAGAACAACAGCAAAGGACCUUGUGAAGAUGCUGGAGGAAACAGGUACAAAAGUAUCUAUAUCCACAGUAAAAACGAGUCCUAUAUCGACAUAACCUGAAAGGCCGCUCAGCAAGGAAGAAGCCACUGCUCCAAAACCGCAAUAAAAAAGCCAGACUACGGUUUGCAACUGUACAUGGGGACAAAGAUUGUACUUUUUGGAGAAAUGUCCUCUGGUCUGAUGAAACAAUAAUAGAACUGUUUGGCCAUAAUGAUUGUUAUGUUUGGAGGAAAAAGCAGAAGAACACCAUCCCAACCGUGAAGCACGGGGGUGGCAGCAUCAUGUUGUGGGGGUGCUUUGCUGCAGGAGGGACUGGUGCACUUCACAAAAUAGAUGGCAUCAUGAGGAGGAAAAUUACGUGGAUAUAUUGAUGCAACAUCUCAAGACAUCAGUCAGGAAGUUAAAGCUUGGUCGCAAAUGGGUCUUCCAAAUGGAUAAUGACCCCAAGCAUACUUCCAAAGUUGUGGCAAAAUGGCUUAAGGACAACAAAGUCAAGGUAUUGGAGUGGCCAUCACAAGCCCUGACCUCAAUCCUAUAGAAAAUCUUUGGGCAGAACUGAAAAAGUGUGUGCGAGCAAGGAGGCCUACAAACCUGACUAAGUUACACCAGCUCUGUUAGGAGGAAUGGGACAAAAUUCACCCAACUUAUUGUGGGAAGCUUGUGGAAGACGACCCAAAAUGUUUCUCCCUAUGUUAAACAAUUUAAAGGCAAUGCUACCAAAUACUAAUUGAGUCUAUGUAAACUUCUGACCCACUGGGAAUGUGAUGUAAAAAAUUAAAGCUGAAAUAAAUAAUUCUCUCUACUAUUAUUCUGACAUUUCACAUUCUUAAAAUAAAGUGGUGAUCCUAACUGACCUAAGACAGGGAAUCCUUACUAUGAUUAAAUGUCAGGAAUUGUGCAAAACUGAGUUGAAAUAUAUAUAUAUGGCUAAGGUAUAUGUAAACUUCCGACUUCAACUGUAAAUAGGCUGUUCAUUUUUUCCUAAUUUACUUGCAGUUGUCUAGUUUUUAUGUCUUAUGUUGUUUUCUUUAGCUCUUAACUCUUGUCAGAUAUUUUUGGGACCUCACGCCCAACAGAGAAACAGGGUUAGUUUGCACAUUAAAAGAUAUGUUUAGAAAUGUUUUUUCAUUAUGUGGUACUGGGACCAAGAAUAAGCCAAAGUUUAGAUAUUGUUUAAAAAAUGCACUAGAAACUUCAGAAGUUCAUUUUAGAUUCAUAUCUGAAAAUAUACAGGACACUUUUUAAUUCCCUGUAUAACAAUCCAUUUGUAAUGUGUUCUUGUUCUCCUACUGUUUACUUUGAUUUUGUCUGAAAUGUUGAUGUCCAUGUUCUGGAAAAAUGUCAUAUCUACUUAAAAAAUAAACAAAUAUAGUUUGAUAUCA